AAUAAUGAUGACUAUAAAAUACGCGGCACUGUAACACUUAAAGUGAAGCGUGCACCGUAUAAUCCAAUGGAUUAUAAAGAAUGAGCUUGCAUUAAGUUCAGUCACGGGGGCGUAUAAAAAAGGAAUAAUUAACCCAUUCGUUACCAGGCAAAUCCUGUCGAUAACAGUUUCGGCGGUUACGAUAUUUUAUUGAACAAAACAUACCGUCUUUACGUAAUACAAAUAAUAAUCAAGAAAAGAAAUAUCUCCGACUUCCUCCGCAGUAUACCAUGUGUCACGCUAUUAGAUGAGAACGCACGUUGACUCUUCUUUGCACGGAACGUGAAACAUUAUCGCCAAUAUGCAACGCUGGUUGACCGUCUUUCGGUGGAAAAAUGGUAUCGAGGCGGAAGAUUCUGUCUCGAUCGAGAGACAACCUUGUCGAAUCACAGUACGAGGACCAAGACGAAGAGGACGUGUGGUACAACCUCGACAAAUUGUACAAGGAUCACAUUCAAGAAGUGCUGGACAAAUGGAAUCAGAUCGACGACGAAAUUUGGGCCAAGGUGAUCGUUUUCGAAAGGAAUCGAAGGGUAGCAAAAGCCUACGCCAGGGCACCGGUUCUCACGAUUAACGGAUCGAACGACGGAUUCGAUGGUUUCAGGAUAGGACUAUGCGGCUUCGAGAACCCGAUGAGAGACGCGAAAACCGAGGAGGCGAAAAAGCACAUAAACCAAGGUGUAAAAAUCAAGAUGGACGAGCAGGGGAAUAUCUUAAUAAAAAGGCUGUGUAAAAAUAACGUUUACAUAAAGCCGACGAGUCAGGAAGACAACGCAAUUGGAGCAGAAAUCGCGCGGAAUUCUCAAGGAGCGUUAGAACACGAGAAACCAGGGAAAGUAUUCGACAUGAAUAAAUUUCAAACGAACCUUUCCCGAGAAACUCGAAGAGCCUAUCCCGACAGAAGAAGACUGGAGAUGCAGUGUCUGAGCGCUAUCGUUUUCGUCAGAACCGAAGCAGAUCUACUUCAAUGUCCCGUUUGGGUUCUCAUUGUUAACGUUGUUGGCCUGGACAUGUUGAAAUCCAAGUUACCACCAGUCUUAGCGUUACAAAGGCCGGUCGAUAUAAAGAACAGACCCAGGAUACCGAUUCCCGAUGAAGAUCCAUACAGCGUAGCUGGAGUUUCGUCCUCCAUUGGAGUCUCCGAGGCCUUCCAGCAGGAUCGAGACGCCCGAGACCAGAUCUACGCUCAGUCGACGAGUUGUAGACAAAGAAGAGCCGAGAAACCACCGAAACUUCCGCCCAGAGAGAAUCUUUAUGGCCACGACAUACCUAAACCUGAUUAUGACGAUAUAGAAGAUGACUAUGCCAGGAAACCCGUCAUAGCGAACGAAGAAAAAAGAAGAAACGACGAUAAGAAGAAAUACGACGAUCCGUAUUAUUGCGGAUUACGAGCUCGUGUUCCUAAUUUUGUCAAAAUGGCGAAAAAUAGUAAAGUCUCGACAAGAGGAUACGCCAGACCCCCACAAGCGCCCACUUACGCUGCCACAGGAUAUGCGAGCAGUCAAUCUUCUCAAAUUUAUGGCCAUUUACCUGGGAAUCGACCACCAAUUAUGUAUCAUGCAAGAAGUUUCGAAAGUGGACUUGAUUCUGAUGGCAGAAACGAAUCACCGUAUAAUCAUAUAUACGGACGAUUUCCAUUACCGACUAGAGGUGUAAUUCCUCCUCAGCCUAGAGCAAUGUACAUCGGAGAGUGGGAUUAAAAAUAAAUCUCCAAGGGCGAAGGAAGAGGACGUCAUCGGAAGAAUCGCGUACAGAAACAAAUAGAGGAAACUCAAUACACCAGAAGAGGAGACGAUGAAACAAAGUAUGAUGGAAAGAUUAAAAAUGGAAUGAAGAUUAUACGUGAACAGGUAAUAAUUAAGAACAGAACGGACUAAAACAAGAGAGAAGAUGGAAAUAGAAAAAGGGAGAACUAAUCUUCCGUUUGUACCUAUAAACUGUAUAUUAUUAAUGUACUACAUAAAAUACUCAAAUUUUUAUUGCAAUAAA